AUGGAGGCCAGGCUGGACGCCAUCUUCUACAGGUUCUGGAGAGAGCUGAAUGAGAGGUGUCUCCAGCCUGCUACACAAGCCCCAUCAACUACCUUACCUGCGAGAGUAGCCCGGCGGCCCUGGAGUUGGCGAUCAACUUUGGGCCCAAUGGCGGCCUGUUCCCGAAGGCACAGACCCCGCCAACAGCACCAGAAGCGAACAUCACAUGGCACAACACAGAAGCGGGUCAACAGCAAACCACGAACGGUGUUCAAAGUGAGAGCUGCAGAGCAAUGGGAAGCACUGCGCAUACCGUAUGGACUGACUGCUCAUUCUACCAAUUUGUCACAAGUGAUUGAAGCACAUAGAUGUCUCCACAGCAUCAUACUGCAGGAUUGUAUCCUGCCCGGUAUCGGCUGA